AUGCACUCAGUUCUUUCAAGAAAACAUUCAGUUUUCAGGAGAUGGCCUGAAUCUCAACUUGGGCCUAUCAAUACAGUAGAUUCCUGUUGUCCAUUACCGGGCCAUGUAGGAUUGUUGAGAUUACCGAAGGAGAACACGAUACCCAUUGUUCCUGAAACCAUUAAUUUGCCGCCUGCUUCGACGAGCCAUUAUGUGUCAAUCAUGGUUCAAGCUGAAAGCUACCUAGAAUUUUGUCAACUCCAGGUCCAAUCCCUUGCUCCUGGCAUCAACACUAGUGCUAUCGAAUGCACUGUGUGUGCAUGUCCGCAACUCAUUAGACCAGUCCUUAUAGCCCUCUACCCAGGUAAGAGUUUCUCGGGGUCAAGAAUGACGACUAUUAUAUUUUGGCGUCAAACCAAAAUGCAAACAUUUGAAAGCAUUGUGCAUGUAAACGAGAUUGUAAGCACUUAUUUUGUUGACAUGUGGCUUAGUUUAUAA